CCUCGAUGAUUCAGACUGACGGCCACAUUCCCAGGAGCGUUGAAGGAAAGCGCUGCCCCUUUAAAUUUAUCGCUUCUCUCGCCGAACUUCGACCGCUACGUGGUGACGUCAUAGAGCGGCGUCCCAGGAAAAAAGGCUACAGACGGGGGAUGCAACAGCGAGAUUACAGGGACCCCGAGCGUAAAGCUACACUAAGGUAGACACGGUAAAAGUGUCAAAGCUGCCAGAUAAACGUGAGGAGCUACACGGGGACGUACGCAAGGCGAGCGAUCGCACCAAGUGACCGGGGAAAAUCCAGUUAAUUGCAUUGCCACGGGAUCCAAGUAUGGAAUUGACAAAUGUCGCACAGGCAAAAGAGGCACUGCCCCCCGAGACUGAGACGGAGCACGUCCAUUGCAUGGGCUGCGUGAGCCGGCGGUGCAUGAUGAGGCCGGAGCCAGGCAAGGCCUGCGAGCUGAUGGGCUGCGCACUGGUCUGCGGGGCCGUGUUCCACACGUGCAAAGCGGGCGAACACCGGCUACUGUGCCCGCAGGAGCGUGUGCCAUGUCUGAACAGCGGCUUCGGCUGCCCCUUUACAGUGGCGCGAAACAAAAUCGCCGAGCACCUGGAGGUCUGCCCAGCCAGCGUGGUCUGCUGCACCAUGGAGUGGAAUCGGUGGCCCGUCAGCUACGCGGACCGCACGUCUUACGAGAGCUUGAGCAAAGACGUGGGCGAGGUGGAGCAGCUGGACAUGGCGCUGGCCCUGCAGGACCAGCAGAUGCUUUUAGAGUCCCUCAAGGUGGUGAUGGCGAUGUCGAGGGUUACUGAGAAACAGCCGAGCGUGAGCGAGAAGGUGCCAUUGGCAUCGACGCCGGCGAGGGAGAAAAUUGCUAAUGGGAUCAACGGCCUGGACGAGGAGUCGUAUAGCAAACUCUACCAAGCCACGGCGGAAACCAGCAGAAGUUUGGUGGCUGCCUUGGAUAUCCUCAACAGUGCUACCAAGGACAUGGGCCCGAUAAGUGGGGCUGUAACCGACAGGAAUGCUGAAAGUAAUGGGGAAUUCCAUGAUGAAGCAGAGGAUGAAGAGUCGCAUGUGGAGAAAGUCAAGGUGACGGACAGUGGUGGCCAAGAGCUUGACUCUAAGGUGGAAUUGGCGGGGGGGAGAGACCACUCACCUGAAGACAUAGGGGAUGGGAAGAUGUGGAUGGAGCAAAAUGAAUUGUUCGAACUCUUAGAAGUCAUGGAAGAGAAGAGUACAAAGGGUAUAAUCAUGAAGGACAAGGAGGAGCCCCUGUGCAAUGGCUUCUACAGCAGUGGUGCCCAGAAUGAGCUGGACCUGGAUGAGUUGGAGUUAAGGGCAGGGGAGCCUGGAUGUACAGACGCCAAUAGGUAUCGGGAUACGGAGCGGUCCGAUGGGACAUCAGAGCUGCCGGAGGAUUCUAUGGCCUUGGAAACCCAGGAGCUCCCCAGGGCCCAACCUCUGCCACUUCCGCUGCCAAUUCCACUUCCUGGUGAUGAGCAGAAUGAGGAGCACUUUGAGGAGAAGUGGUUUGGGCAAAAGCUGCAGAACCUCCAGGCACUGAGAGGGAUGGGCAUGCUUGCCUUCAGUGGUCAAAGGAAUACGUUCACUGACCCAUUACAAAGUCAAGCCAAAUUGGAGGGGAAAGCGGUGGAUACGUCUGACCUGGAGGGAGACUCUCCUGGAGGCCAGGGUAUCUGUGAUAGCAGAUUCGCCGAUGGCUACAGCGUGGAAAUCGGCACGCAGACCUUCUCCUUCCCAUCCGCCAUCCUGGCAACCAGCACCAUGGUGGGAGACAUCGCGUCAGCAUCCGCCUGCGACCACGCCAAUCCCCAGCUGACCAACCCCAGUCCAUUCCACCCUCUGAGGCUCGACUUGGUCCUGGAGUGUGUGGCCCGGGACCAGACCAAGCAGCGCUCUAUGUUUACCUUCGUGUGCGGGCAGCUGUUCAAAAGGGACGAGUUCUCCUCCCACUUCAAGAACGUACACGGGGAUAUCCACGCAGGGCUGAACGGCUGGAUGGAGCGGCGCUGCCCACUUGCCUACUAUGGCUGCACGUUCUCCCAACGUCGGUUCUGCCCCUCCACGCAGGGAUCCAAGAUCGUCCACGACCGGCACUUGCGGUCCUUUGGGGUGCAGCCUAGACCCGUCCCGUGGGUGGAGCCGGCGCCCGGAGACUGUGGCAACCGGCUGAGCGGCCUGCCUUUCGAGGUGCUGCAGCACAUCGCCAGCUUCCUGGACGGCUUUAGCCUGUGCCAGCUGUCCCGGGUGUCACGAACGAUGAGGGACCUCUGUGCCAGCCUGCUGCAGACACGUGGCAUGGUGGUGCUGCUCUGGGAGAAGAGGCCGCUGGGCAAGGCCGGGUGCCCCUCAUGGCAGAUCAAAGACAAGGUGUGGCGCUUCAGCACGUCCUUCAGCACCGUGAAGGACUGGAAGUUCGCCGACAUUGCCAGCAUGGCCGACCACCUGAAGGAGUGCCGCUUCAACGCGGUGGAGCGCCGCGAGGAGGCCGUGCCUCUGCCUUGCAUGUGCUUCACCCGGGAACUCACCAAGGAGGGCCGCUCACUACGCUCCGUCCUCAAGCCAGUAUCAUACUUUAAAUAAUCUAUCACUGUGUAAAUAAAUAUUUUGCUGUUAAAUUUAUUUUUUAUAUUAAAAAGUCAGUACUGUGUAGCAAUGAAGUCAAAAGGAGGAGCCUUAAUGUAAGAAGUAACACUCGGACUUUCUGGUCAUGGUGGGGAAUCCGCAGCCCCCUCACUUGGUCCCUGUCCCCAGGAUCAACACCAGUGUCAUGUCAUUAUCUCGCAUGGCUUGCUUUGUUUAAAAGUGCCCUUGUUUUGGGUCAAUCCAGUGAUGUUCAGAGAACCGUGUGCACUUUCCGGAAGCAGGACGCUUGAGGAUUUUUUUUUGUCUUUCCCAAAUCUGACCAAACCAAAAAAACACAAUCUGCUUGUGGAUGAGCGUGUAAUUCCGCCGGCACAAGCCUGCCACAGCCUGUCGUCUUGUGUACGGCUCAGAGGACAGAUGAAUCAUAACGUUGUCUCAAGCUUGAAUUUUUUUUAAAGUCUGCAUUGGCCUUUUCUCUCCGUAAAAUCCGGGCAUCGCAGGACAAUUCGGACGGGAACGUUGUCGAACCCCGUGUUUGUUUCAUAUCUUGCGUUUCAUCUUUUUUCUAGUGCACCUGGUUUGCGUGUUAAGCAAUAAAAUAAACAUUUAUUAUAAAGAUCACCAAGCACUUUACUGACUGUAACGUUUACUAAGUUUUAUAGUGCACGUUUGUCAGACACUAAGGAUGGGCAUAGUGUAUUUAGGGAUAUAUACUCUAAAGUUGCUUUGUUUCAUACAGCAAUAGUGGUUUUGACAUAACUGAACAUGCAAAUCGUAUCCACAACACAUACUUCAAGCAAACAGCAUUCUGUGUUAAUGGGAUGAAAAUCAUGAAAUGAUUGAAGGGUACUUGGACCCCAAGUGAAAUUUGUUCACCCAAAAUUACACCUUUGUUAUGAGACAGCAGAGUCUUAUGGGAGUUUAGCCAUGGUCCCCUACUUGUGCCUUGUUACUUUCAUUGGCAACAGCACGCUGGCUAACCCAAGACCAGCAUGAUCUCCACUUGGGAUGAUCCCCAGGUGUGACAGCGGGGCCUCCUGAAAGACAGGAGUGUCAUGUGUGCUCAGAUCUCGGUAUCUAGAGAGUCGUCACUUGCAGGCCAAUGCAUUGGAGGACAUAACUCAAAACGAAUGCUGCUAGUAGCAAAUGGCUAAAUUUCUGUUUUGUCAAAGUCUUCCCCUCAUCAUGGUAACAGAGAAAAUGCGACAUUGAACAAUUAUCCCAUCUUUCUUGUUGUGAUCUCACGUCGAUGCAUGGAAUUUCAUUGCCGUUGAAUUAAAGAAUCAUAUUCAA